AUGCGGACGCCGACAGCGAUGAUCGUGGGGCUGGUGCUGUGCCCCUGCGGGCUCCUGCUGACACUCACAGGCACGCUGGCACCCAGCUGGAGGCAGGUGAGCCUCAUACCCAACCAGCCCGUUGACCUCGUCUUAGAGCAGGGCAUCUGGGACAUGUGCAGUGAGCGGCAGAGCAGCCACAACCGCCACUGUGGGCAGGCUGAUGACCUGGGCUACUUUGAGCAGGUGCCUGUGCGAGUGGCCCAAGGGCUGAUGCCUACCUCGCUGGUGCUCACCUUCCUGGGCUUGGUGAUGGCUGCCCUGGGGGUUCGCUGCUGGCAGAAGGAGCCACAGCACCUGCUGGCUGGUGUGGCAGGGCUUGUGCUGCUCCUCUCAGGGCUGCUGAGCCUCGUGCCUGCCUCCUGGUACACCCACAAGCUGUGGGCACUGCCUGCACCCGCUAGCAGCACGCUGGUUGUAGGCUACAGCUUGGUGCUGAGCUACUUGGGAAGCUGCCUGGAGAUCUUGGGGGGGCUGGCCCUCACCCUCAGCUUCCACCACUGCUGCAAGCAGCGCAGGGCCCCCAAACUGCCCCCCAGCCCUGUGCUGGAGGCUGGGCCGUGCUCCACCACUGGGGCUUACCGCAGUCCCUGGGACAUCCUGGAGGAUGAGCGAGAUGGACAGCACCAGAGGAGCACCCUGCCUUGUGACUCCGACUUGUAG